UGUUCUACCUCUGUGAAAUGUUUUCUUGGGAACUCAGUGACCAUAGGUGGUCAAACACAAUUACUCAUUUGAGCCUUUGCCCUCUGUAGGUUGAACUGCUGGACAAUGACACGUGCUUGGUGGACACUGUGGACAUUGGGGGCCAUCCUCAUCCUCUCCCAAGAAGGAGUCUCCACUCAGACCACCCUAUCUUGUGACCCCAGUGGCAUCUGUGAUGGCCGCUCUAGAGACUUCCACAGCAUUCCCUCUGGGCUCACAGCAGCAGUGAGAAGCCUUGAUCUGUCCAAUAAUAAGAUCUCCUUCAUGAGCAAGACUGACCUGCAGGGCUGUGUGAACCUCCAGACACUGAAGUUGAGGUUCAAUGAAAUAAACAGCAUAGAGGAAGAUUCCUUCCGUUCCCUGGGGCUUCUUGAAUAUUUAGAUUUAUCCUAUAACCAACUAUCAAAUUUAUCAUCCUCCUGGUUCUGGCCCUUGUCUUCCUUGAAAUACCUAGAUUUACGAGAAAAUCCUUAUCAGACACUUGGGGCAAGGCCUCUUUUUUCUCCUCUCACCCACUUGCGAAUUCUGAGGAUUGGGCAUAGGUCUACUUUCAUGAAGAUUCAGAAGACGGACUUGGCUGGGCUGAUGUUCCUUGAGCAACUGGAGAUCGAGGCUUCCAGUCUGCAGACGUAUGAGCCCACGAGCCUGGCAUCCGUGCAGCAUAUCCACUACCUGAUUCUGCAUUUGAAGCAGCACGUUUGGCUGCUGGAAAUAUUCAUGGAUGUUUUCCAUUCUGUGGAAUCCUUGGAACUGAGAGGGACUGACCUAAAAGACUUCCACUAUCCAGACCUCCCUGUCUACAAAGGCAGUUCCCUGAUGAGAAAGCUCACCUUCAGAGGCGUAGAGGCAACCGAUGAAAGUUUCAGUGGGCUGCUGAGUCUGUUGAAUCACGCCCCAGGUGUGCAGGAAGCAGAGUUCGAUGACUGCACCCUUUAUGGACAGGGAGCUUUUUACCCGUCUGAGAAACAGGUGAAAGCCGUCAGGAGCCUGGAGACGCUGACCAUUAGGACCCUACGGAUCCCCAAGUUCUUCUUAUUUUAUGACCUGCAGAGUAUCUAUUCCCUCCUGGGCAGCAUGAAAAGCAUCACGAUAGAAAACAGCAAGGUGUUCCUGGUCCCCUGCUCCCUUUCCCAGCACCUCAGAUCCUUGGAGUACUUGGAUCUCAGCGACAAUCUAAUGGUGGAAGAAUACUUGAGCAACUCCGCCUGUGAGGGUGCCUGGCCCUGCCUCCGAACCUUAAUUUUAAGGGCUAAUCAUUUGACGUCGUUGGAAAAGACUGCAACCAUCCUGCUGACGCUGAAAAAUCUGACCAAGCUCGAUAUCAGCAAGAAUAGUUUUCUUUCUAUGCCCGCAACGUGUCGCUGGCCUGAAAAGAUAAACCACCUGAAUUUAUCCAGCACCCGGAUGAACAGUCUGAGCUCCUGCCUCCCCGCCACCUUGGAAGUGUUGGAUGUUAGCAAUAACAACCUCCAUUCCUUUUCUUUGAUGCUGCCACAGCUCAGAGAACUCUAUCUCUCCAGAAACAAGUUGAAGACACUCCCCAGCGCCUCCUGCUUACCUGCCUUGCGAGUCCUGAGCAUCCGCAGGAAUAUGAUCAAUACUUUCUCCAAGGAGGAACUUGACCCUUUUCAAGAGCUGAAGGUGUUGGACGUGGGGAACAACAAUUUUAUUUGCUCCUGUGAGUUCCUUUCUUUCACGCGGGAGCAACCAGGGCUGGCCCAGCUCCUCAGAGACUGGCCAGAUCAUUACCUGUGCGACUCACCCACUUACGUGCGGGGCCAGCGGGUUCAGGAUACACAACUUCCAGUCACUGAGUGUCACCUGGCAGCUCUGGUAUCCGUCACAUGCUGCAUCCUUCUCCUCUUGAUCCUGCUCAUUGUGGUUCUGUGUUACCGUUUCCAUGGACUGUGGUAUCUGAAAAUGACCUGGGCCUGGCUGAAGGCCAAGAGGAAGCCCCGGAGGGCAGUUCCAAGGGACAUCUGCUAUGAUGCCUUUGUGUCCUAUAGCGAGCACGACUCCUACUGGGUGGAGACCCUCAUGGUCCAGGAGCUGGAGCACUUCGAGCCACCCUUGAAGCUGUGUCUGCACAAGCGGGACUUCAUCCCUGGCAAAUGGAUCAUCGACAACAUCAUUGACUGCAUCGAGAAGAGCCACAAAACCAUCUUUGUGCUCUCGGCAAGCUUUGUGAAGAGCGAAUGGUGCAAGUAUGAGCUGGACUUCUCCCAUUUCCGGCUCUUCGACGAGAACAACGACGCUGCUAUUCUCGUCCUCCUGGAGCCCAUAGAGAAGAGGGCCAUCCCCCAGCGUUUCUGUAAACUGCGCAAGGUCAUGAAUACCAAGACCUACCUGGAGUGGCCCCAUAAUGAAGAAGAGCAGCGGGGCUUCUGGUUAAGUCUGAGAGAGGCAAUCAAGUCCUAGCUUCCUCCAAAAUAGG